CCCGCUGUUACCUGCCUUACCUGUUGACAUGCAGAUCAUUAGGCAUUAUCACAGAGUCACAGAGCCUCACCUGUAGAUACCUGAACAGGUGUAAAACCUCUUCAGAUUCUCUUUUUAAUGAUUUCAAUCUUUAUGUUCUGACUCUGUGUGUUCUCUGUUCUCUUCCCUGUAUUGUCGGAGUCCUGUUGAAAAAGGUUUGAGGCCGUCAUUAUGUCAGAGAACAGCUGAGAGAAACGGAACGCAGCCCACGCUUUGGUGGUGUCUCACUUUAAAACCUCCGUGCGGAAACAACAUCCUCCUCCUUCGUGAGUCUCGCCCGCUGGCUGUCAUUCGUCCGCGCGGAGCAGCCGGAGUGGAGCAGCACGAGCCGCAUGUAAAUGAACACCUCCACCUGCGGACCCGUCCGGACCGAGCCGUCCCCCUCCUCUGCGAGCUGACCUUCACCGUGUGCUGCGGAGAGAACAUCGGUUAAUCGACUCUUCACCGGCUAACAGCCGCCGACCCCCGCUGCAGACACGGUGUGUGCCUCUCUGACGCCCCCUGCUGACCAUGCAGAGUGUGUGUGCGCUGCUCCUGGCGCUCGCCGCCGCCCUCAGCUCUGCGGACUCGGACGCACACAGACCGAGACACGACUCUAACCUGGAGAUCUACAAGCGUCUGUUUGAGACGAAGAGGAAAGAUCAGCUGAACGCGCUGAAGAACCUCGUGGAGCUGAACGACAUCAACCAGCAGUACAAGAUCAUCGACAUCAUGCUGAAAGGACUGUUUAAGGUGUUGGAGGAUUCCAGACAAGUCCUGAUCGCCGCCAACAUGCAGCCGGACGACCCGUUCCCCAUGGACGAGAAAAUCAAAGAAGCGUAUUCCCACGUGGUGGAGAACACAGCGUUUUUUGGCGACGUGGCGCUGCGGUUCCCUCGUAUCGUCCACCAUUACUACGACAGGAACCCGGACUGGGGCGGCCUGCUGCGCUGGGGACUGACCUUCUGUAACCAGACCGGAGUUUUUACUGGAGGAGCUCAUCAACACGUCCUCACACUCAUGUCACAGGAGUUGGGAAUAAUCGAGAAAGCCCCGGACUUCACCAACCCGUACCGCACGGAGAGAGACGAUGUGCUCCACACGGCCGAGGCCUUCCAGAAGAUUCUGCGCGAGGAGGAGAAGAGGAGGAGGAAAGAGGAGAAGAGGAAAGAGAUCAGGAAAGGGCCUCGUAUCUCCCGCUCCCGUACCGAGCUAUAGCACCGCACCGACGCACUCGUGCAGCGAGAGGAGACGAAGAGGGAGGAGCUACAAAACGCACAGUCCAACGAGAGGCGGCUCGACUUGCAGACGCCGGAGACGGUGAAAGCUGUCGUCGCGUAUUUGAAAGCCAGGCGCUCUCUAAGACGCCUCAAAGUGACGCAGAAGGUUAGUCGCUUUCUGCAGUGAUUUAUAACCAACAGGAAGUGAACGCCGUCUGCGGAGAGGGGCGGAGCUGAUUUUUGAUACCUUGAAGUUAUUUAAAUGUACUUUGGAUUAAAAUGAAUUUAGUGGAAUAAAAGUUACUUCAAAUCUUUUCCCAGGAUUCCCCGCUGUGUCGUGUCUGCUUUAGAUUCAAUGUGUCUGAAACUCACGUGCUUCAAAUGUGCUCGCCAAACGCCACCUCAGCCCGUUGGAGUCGAGCUGGAACUCGUCCCUGUGAUAUCGUUUGUCCUUUAUUUUAUUCCGUUUGACUUGAGAAACUUUAAAUGAAGUUCUUCUGGCUGCUCGUUUAUAUUCAUGUGAAGUACGGAAGCCUGAAGCGGACAUUCCUCCAGACAUUUGAUUUUACUCCGCUUUCCAGGUCGAUGUCAGUCGUCUCCUUCAGAACUUAUUUAUCUCGUCAUAUCGAGCUCGCUCUUCCUUUGUUACGAGCAGGUCACUCGGAGACGACGGCUCGCUGUAGCUCAGAUUGGUCGGCGCGUGGCUCCGUUCUUGAUGGCGUGGAGGCGUCCUCUGUUGUCAUUUAAAAUAAUCACUCAAUAACGGUGAUCGCUACAUUACAUUGGCUAUGCAUAGAAAACGGGCGCCGUCUGCGGACACGGGCCAAACGGUUGAAUAAGUUGAUCAAGUUAUUUAAGAACUCAAACUCGCUCUGUCGCGUACAGCGCUGUGUCCACGUUCUUCGCCUAAUCAUCAUCCACUCGGCUUCCGUCCUCGUCCUCGCUUCACCAUCCAUCACAGCUCGCUUCAAGUCUCUCGUGUCUCGCUGCGCUCACUGUCGCUCGCUGAACGCCAGCCUCGUUCUCCUGCGACAGUGAGAUGAAUUAGAUCAGAUGUUUGUCCACUUUGGGCCUCCGUACUGAGGGACGGUUUAUCGGAGUGUUUUAAUUUUUUUCUUCAUGUUUUUUUAUUUCCUCGCCUUCAGAAGGAGUCAUCGUUUCUCUGUAAACCCAUGACUUCAUAUUUUUACAUCGAUCCCUGUAGUUGUUUUUUUCUGUAACGAGGAGAAACAUUGAAAGUAAGGUUGUUUAAACUUGAAUACGAUACCUGCUUGUUACCACGGCAACAGAAAUAAAAGCCCUGGAUGCAU